CACUUUCUUUGAUAACACUCAACUAUGACACUCUUUUAAAAUGAAGGAAUCCGCGGAAAGUCAGUAUCACAGAGCAAGACUUUGUCAUUUAAAAUUGUGGCCGAAUUUUAGUGGAUAUGGCUUCAGUCUGAGAACAGACUCUUUCAAACAUGAACACAAAGUUGAAAAUGUUGAACCUCUUUCACCUAGUGAAUCAGGAGGUCUACUCAAUGAAGAUAUAAUUUUAAUGGUGAAUAACAAAACUGUAGAUCGUCUCUCACACACGGAUGUCGUGAAGGUUAUCAAAGAACGAUCCGACGUCGAAUUGCUGGUUGCGCAACCGAAGGACUUGGCAUAUUUUCGAAAAUUCCCUGAUGUAAUCAGUGCUGCAAUUAAGAAUCCCAUACGGUGUGAAACUUCGGAAGAGGACUUAAAUAAACUUACUAAUGCUGAAAAACACUUAGUCAAAGCAGAUUCAGAUACAAUGAAUGAAAUUUAUCAACGUAAACGUUCUCUCUUAAAGGCAAAUGAAUUAACGAGUCGUCUACAACGCCAUGGUUGUUUUGGUGACGGCACUGUUGAAAAUGGAGUUAGGACAUGUGUAAACUAUGGUUAUGCGAAUGGUGUGGAGCACUAAACGUAGUUCCAAUGGAAUAUAAUACUGAAAUCAAAUACAUCAUCUUGAUUUAUGAAGAAAAUAGUCACGAAUGGCACCAAAUUCAAACGCACACACAAACAUACAUAUAAAUCUAUUGGAGAUAGUUUAUAUAUAUAUAUACUACUGUUUACUACUAAUUAAUUUUCUUAGUAUACAUGUUUGAUAUUACAUUUCAAUUACAUAUCAACAUAGAUAUCUUAUAUAUAUCUUCUUGGAAAUUUAGUUAAUUCCAAGUACUAUCCAAUUCUGUUGUAAUUUCAGUUAUAUAUUCACUUCAACUGGUUCCAUAUUAUCAUUACAUUAGAUGUAUACAAAUGCUCAAAUCACAAAAAAGAAGAAAGAAAACAACUAUCUUAUAUGUUUACAUCUAUAUAGUACACAAAGUACAUUCUCAUGCAGAGAUAUAUAUAUAUACGUAUCAAUAGUAUUGAAAGAAGUAAUAUAUUGAAGAUUUUCUAUGAUUUUUAUUCAUUUAAUAUUAAGUAUUUUGUUUUAAAUUAGUGUCAGAAUGUAUUUUUCACUACUGUUGGUACUUUUGCUGUACACAAAUUACAUUACACGAUCAUAAUAUUUAUGUUCUUGAAUGCUAAUCGAUUAAUCUAAAUAUGAAAUGGUAAUAUACGUUUAAACAAUCAAAGAUAGAAUAUUUUCCAUCAUUUACUUUCUAAGU